AUUGCGUUCAUCCCCCCCACCCCCUUCCGUUUCUGCUAGGGAUGACCGCUAAGGAUGCUUCAGGUGAAACUAAUAGUCACUGGAGAUGACUUUGGCUAUUGUCCUCGGAGGAACCAAGGCAUCGUGGACUGUUUCCUGGCUGGAGCGGUGUCUAACGUGUCCCUUCUAGUCAAUGGAAGUGCUGCAGCAGCUGCAGCCAAGCUGGCGAGGAGAUACAACAUCCCAAUAGGCCUGCACGCCAACCUGUCUGAGGGCUCUCCUGUCUGUGAAGUGCUCAAGACAAACUCUUCUCUGCUUAACCAAGAUGGAUUCUUCCAUGGGAAAAUGGGAUUCAGAACAGCUCUAUCAAAAGGUCUCCUGAAAAUGUCAGAGGUGAAGCAGGAGCUAAAGGCACAGGUAGAGCUAUUCCGUGAGCUGACAGGCCACCUACCUCCCCACAUGGAUGGGCACCAGCAUGUUCAUGUCCUUCCAGAAGUCAGACAUGUAUUUGCACAGGUGUUAGAGGAGUAUGGGAUCAAGUACACUCGUGUCCCAAUAGAACCAGGCCUUCACAAGUGUGAAUGGAUUGCACCAUCUCUGAUGGACUUCUAUCGGGGAGUAGAAGAAGAUUCUCUUAACACAGUGGAUGUGUUUACAAGGCAUGGAAUAAGGUGGCCUAACAUUUACAUAGGUUUGAGUACCAUGGGCAAGAACAUGUCUGUGAGUAACAUCUGGAGUGCCAUUGAUACUGCCAUUGGGGAUUUCACUUCCAAGCUGCCCUCGCCCGCACACCUGAAUCCGCAGAGCAGGACAGUAACAAUUGAACUGAUGGUACAUCCAGGGUACCCGAGUGUCCCACCCAUCGGCGGCUGUGGGGAAGGACCAGACGACUUCUCACAGUCCUGGGAACGCUUGCACGAACUUCGGACUUUAAUCAAGCCAGAGCUGCAGAGCCACUACAAAAGCAGGAGCAUUCAGCUCUGUUCAUUCAAAGAUAUUUAAAUGAACGAGCAUAUGUCCCUAUCUUCAGAGUACAAAUAAAUGUAUGUAGUUGGCAAUA